AUGAAAACGAAAAUUCGAGCCUUAUCGCCGUCGCCACCUUCACCUCCACCUCCACCUCCACCUCCACCUCCACCGACUCCAGCCAGCCACUUCCACCGCCGCUUCGGAAGCUCUAAUAGAUCUGCAUAUUUAUGCACUAUGCCUGAAGAACGCAACCCAAAUGGCCAACCUGCGAAUGGCAAUACAUCUGCAGGCAAUGCAUACUCGAUUGACUUGAACACCUUUAGUAAGAGACUGCAGGCUCUGUACGCGCACUGGCGCAAUCACAAAGAAAAGUAUUGGGGCUCUUCAAAUGUUCUCACUUUUGCCACACCACCUCCUUCAGAAGACCUGCGCUACCUGAAGUCCUCUGCCCUCAAUAUCUGGUUGCUUGGUUAUGAAUUUCCGGAGACAAUCAUGGUCUUCGAGGACAAGCAUAUCCAUUUCCUCUGCAGCCAAAAGAAAGCAUCAUUGCUCGAGGUUGUGAAAAAGUCCGCUAAAGAGGCCGUCAAUGCGGAUGUAGUCAUGCAUGUUAAGCCGAAAAACGACACUGGAAGCAAUCAUAUGGACUCCAUAUUCCGUGCCAUCCGUUCACACUCAGAGUCAGACAAUCACGAAUCCCCAACUGUCGGGUACAUUUCCCGAGAAGCCCCGGAGGGCAAACUCCUCGAGCUGUGGUCUGAUAAGUUGAAAGAUUCGGGUCUCACGCUGAGCGACAUAUCUAGUGGGUUGUCCGAACUUUUCGCCGCGAAAGACAAGAACGAGAUCACUUGCAUAAAGAAGGCUGCCUACUUGACUGCCUCUGCAAUGAAAAACUUUGUGGUCCCAAAAGUCGAGAAGGUGAUCGACGAGGAGAAAAAAGUGACGCACUCCUCGCUGAUGGAGGACACGGAAAAAGCUAUACUCGACCCCAUCAAAGUGGGCGUAAAGCUCAAGGCAGAGAACGUGGAUAUCUGCUACCCUCCGAUCUUCCAGAGUGGCGGAAGCUUCGAUCUUCGGCCCAGUGCCUCGAGCAAUGAUGAGUAUCUGUACUAUGAUUCCUCUAGCAUCAUCAUCUGCGCCAUUGGGUCCCGUUACAACAGCUAUUGCUCCAACAUAGCCCGAACAAUCCUUAUCGACUCGAACCAAACUCAGAGCAACGCGUACGAGGUCCUCCUCCGAGCCCAUGAGGCGGCCAUCCUUGCAUUGAAGCCUGGUAACAAAGCGAGGGCUGUUUACGAUGCUGCAGUCUCUGUCGUGAAGAGGGAUGCUCCCGAGCUUCUCCCGAACCUGACGAAAUCGGCUGGGACCGGCAUUGGGCUCGAGUUCCGCGAGUCAGGGCUGAGCCUGAAUGCGAAGAAUGAUCGGGUGCUGAAGGCGUGGAUGUCUUUUAACGUCUCUCUCGGUUUUCAGAACCUGGAGGCUAAAACGAGCAGCAACUCAAAGUGCCAGAACUUCUCGCUGCUGCUUGCAGACACUGUCAUCGUCAAUGAAAACAGCCGUGAAGUUGUCACGUCGGCUUGCUCGAAAUUGUUGAAAGACGUUGCGUAUUCAUUUAACGAGGAUGAGGAGGAAGAAGAGAAGCAGCAGCCCAAGGCACGUGCAGAGUCGAGAGUUUCUGCUAAGGACGUCAUUUAUUCCAAGGCAACACUUCGUUCGGACAACGGGGAACUAUCGAAGGAGGAGCUGAGGAAGCAGCACCAGGCCGAGCUCGCUCGACAGAAAAACGAGGAGACAGCUCGUCGCCUAGCUGGCGUGGAGUCGGGCGCUGGGGAUGGCCGUGCGGCCGUUCGGUCUUCAAACGACCUUAUCGCUUACAAGAAUGUGAACGAGUUACCUCCCCCGAGAGAGAUGAUGAUUCAGGUAGACCAGAAGAACGAGGCCAUUCUCCUCCCGAUCUACGGUUGUAUGGUCCCGUUCCAUGUCGCCACUGUGAAGACUGUCUCGAGCCAACAGGACACUAACCGUAACUGUUACGUGCGGAUAAUAUUCAAUGUCCCCGGCACACCCUUCAGCCCGCACGACGCUAAUUCGCUUAAAAACCAAGGCGCCGUGUACCUCAAGGAAGUCUCCUUCCGGUCGAAAGACUCGCGCCACAUCAGCGAGGUCGUGCAGCUGAUAAAGACGUUAAGGCGCAACGUGAUGGCCCGUGAAUCCGAACGCGCCGAACGUGCUACUUUGGUGACUCAAGAGAAACUCGUCCUCUCGGGCAACCGGUUCAAGCCUAUCCGUCUUCACGACCUCUGGAUACGGCCGGCGUUCGGCGGCCGGGCCCGCAAGCUUACCGGCACUCUCGAGGCCCACGCGAACGGGUUCCGAUUCUCAACUUCGAGGGCCGACGAGCGCGUCGACAUCAUGUACGGCAACAUUAAGCACGCGUUCUUCCAGCCGGCCGAGAAGGAAAUGAUCACGCUCGUCCACUUCCACCUCCACAACCACAUCAUGGUCGGCAAUAAAAAGACGAAAGACGUGCAAUUCUACGUCGAGGUGAUGGAGAUGGUUCAGAACAUCGGAGGCAGCAAACGCUCGGCUUACGAUCCAGACGAGAUCGAAGAAGAGCAGAGAGAGCGCGACCGGAAGAACAAAAUCAACACCGAUUUCCAGCAUUUCGCGAAUCGGGUCAAUGAUCUCUGGGGACAGGCCCAGUUCAAGGGCCUUGACCUCGAGUUUGACCAGCCGCUUCGCGAGCUCGGCUUCCAUGGAGUUCCGUACAAGGCCUCGGCAUUCAUCGUCCCGACCUCCAGCUGUCUCGUCGAGCUCGUCGAGACCCCCUUUCUUGUCGUGUCGCUCGCCGACAUCGAGAUUGUCAACUUGGAGCGCGUGGGCCUCGCGCAGAAGAAUUUCGACAUGGCCAUCGUGUUCAAGGACUUCAAACGGGACGUGAUGAGGAUCGACUCUAUACCGUCGACUUCGCUCGACGGUAUCAAGGAGUGGCUCGACACCACCGAUAUCAAAUAUUACGAGAGUCGGCUCAACUUGAAUUGGCGCCCGAUAUUGAAAACGAUCACGGACGAUCCGCAGCAGUUUAUCGAGGAAGGUGGAUGGGAGUUUCUCAAUCUGGAGGCGACUGACUCGGAGUCGGACCACUCGGUGGAGUCGGACCAGGGAUACGAGCCGUCGGAUGCGGAGCCGGAGUCGGAAUCGGAGGAUGAUGAUUCGGAUAGCGAGUCGCUGGUGGAGUCGGAGGAUGACGAGGAGGAAGAGGAUUCGGAGGAGGAUGAGCAAGGGAAGACGUGGGAGGAGCUGGAGAGGGAGGCUAGCAAUGCUGAUAGGGAGAAAGGGAAUGAGUCGGAUAGUGAGGACGAGAGGAGGAGGAGGAAGAUGAAGGCCGCCGGAAAAGGCCGGGCUGGGCCGGGAAGCUCUGCUGCGGCUGCCAAGCGGCCCAAGUUUAGGUGAUGUGUUUUUUCUGUUCAUGUACAUUUCGCGGUUGUUGGUUGNCUGUAUUUUUAAGAGUAU